CCCACUCAAAGUUGAAGUGUUUUACAUGGGCAGAAUGAGUGCUGCUAAACUUGUUUGGGUUCGUUUUCUUGGACAGAUCGAGGCAGUAUUACCUCGUAGACUUGUUCCGUUUUGGAAAGCUCCUGCUGGGCCCCAAACUAUCUUUUUCUGGGCACCAGCCUUCAAAUGGGGUCUUGUAUUUGCUGGUAUUGCUGAUCUUGCAAGACCAGCUGAUAAACUCAGUCCAUCACAGUCAACAGCCUUGGCAGCUACUGGAUUGAUAUGGGCACGGUAUUCAUUGGUAAUCAUCCCCAAAAACUGGUUGCUCUUUAGUGUCAACAUUGGUCUUGGAAUUACGGGAAUAAAUCAACUCUGCAGAAUAGCAUAUUACAGGUAUACCCUUGAGAAAUCAAAAGAAUCAAAUGAAAACCAAGCAAAAAUAGAACAGACAGCAAACUGAGGUCAUGGGAAAUUGGAAGAAGGACAUUAUAAAUAAUGAAUAAUGAGUCUUUUUGUGGGAGUAAAGUUGAUUGGUGAAUAUUAUUGUCAGUCUAUGCAUCAGAACACUUUUUCAAUCAUUGGUUUUUUGUGUAAGUUAUUUUUAAUCCAACUGGUAUUAACUGGUGGGGAAAAUCAGGUGUUAUCUAGUAUAAUUAUGUUUCAAGAGGUGCUAUGCUAGAGUAACCUGUAAUUAAACUAUUCAAUUAAAAUAUUUAGCAUUUUUCAUAAUUCAAAUUUUGUGUAGGUCAGAGUAGUUACAAUGGAGUUGCUGUGUUUGAAUGACAGAAACAGAGAAUUGGCCAGCAACUGUGAAUUCAUCCUAGUGAGACAAGUAAUAGGGGGCUAAUGCUCGAAACGUCAGCUUUUGUAAUCGUUACGGUGGCCAAUUUAUCAUUUCAACUUUGUUGAUAUAUCCAAAUUAUUUCAUUACUCCCACCGACGCAGCCCCAAACAGUUUUUUUGCGAAACUAUCAGCCUUUAGACAAGUAAUAGGUUUUGAAAUAAUAAUGCUUCUCAUUGGUAUUAUUAGUAUUUAAAUUAGCAUGUAUUUUUUUAAGAAGGGCAUAUUUAUUCUUAUAGUCUUAGUAUCAUACAAGUCAUAGAAGAUUACAAGCAGGAGUCAUGAUCAUGAAUUAAAAGUAAAUUGUGUAUAAAAAUAAAGGUUUUGUUUAUACAUUUCUGUGUUUUGAUGACUUGCACAGCUUGGAAAGUGGGACAAAUCUAAGAUACAAUGUGCUUGUGAGCAUUGUUUUACUGUGCUUACUAUAAUUAUAUUAUCUUAGUUUAUAGAGUAUAAGCUAUUUUCAUAGAUCAUGUGAAUAAAUAUCCAGGCACAGUAUUUGUAGUUUUGAACAUUCAAGAUUCAAUUGACUCUUUUUACCAGGGAAUCCAGUCAGAAUUAUUUUCCUGUAUUUCAGUACUCCAAGUUCUUUCAUUAUGCAAACCUAGAAUGAACUAGGCCAAUUAAACCAGAAAAACUUCAUUGUUAACUUCUGACUGGAAUUACAUAUAUCUUGUUGGAUGUUUUGUUGUUUAGUAUCGCUGAUUAUAUAUUUAUGAGUUGUGUUGUAUUUUAACAAGCCUGUGGGGCAAGUCAAAAUACAAAUAAUGAGUAAAAAUACUCAGCAAUACAACACACCAAAAUGUCUACUAAGUUAUUUAUUAUUCAACAUGCCAAACUGUUAUUUCAGUGCAGGUGAAUUUCGCAGAUAUUUACUGAGUGUGACAGGAGUAUGCGAAGAGGAAUGGAAUUGCCCUGUUGUCGUGUUGCUGUUUCUAUUUCUUUUAAUAAAUUAUGAAAUUUCA